GUCAGUUUAAAUUUUGAAAUUUGAAUGUUUUGUUCUAUUUCGUUAUAUUUAAAUGGAUUCGGUACAAGUGGUGUCUAUGGGUGUUGCACUGUGAAAUGAGGGCUUUGCUCGCCAUAUCUCUCUGCCUAGUGUGUUUUACGGAUCAAAGUUAUGCUACAUUCGCCGAUUUCAUGAACAAUCUGCCUUCUGAAAUUGCGACCGCUUUCAGUUCAGCUUGGGACUCUAUUACUGAUGUUAUCAAAAAACCAGUGAGGAUAAAACGACUUGGUCACGGAGGUAAACAUAAAACAUAUACGACUACUACCGAUGAACCAAUCAAUCGCCAUAAAAGAAUUAUGAUGAGAAGAGCAAAAACUACGCCAGAUUUUGGUCAUUUUGAGUACUCAGAAGCCACUACAGUAGGCCUCAAAGUUACACUACCAUUACUGCUAGCUCCCUCGUUCAAAAAUUACAAUGAAUGGAGUGAUAUGCAAAGAGCCUACUUUACGAGACAUAACCACAUAAGAAGACUGAAAGUUGAAAACAAAAAUUCGAUAGAAGAGGAUGUCCUGAACUGGACACCAGACAGUCCGACCUGGGCACCAGACGAUCCGACCUGGGCACCAGACGAUCGGACCUGGGUACCAGACGAUCCGACUUGGGCACCAGACGGGCCGACCUGGGCACCAGACGGUCCGACCUGGGAACCAGACGGUCCGACCUGGGCACUAGACGUUCCAACCUGGGAACCGGACGUUCCAACCUGGGAACCGGACGUUUCGACCUGGGCACCAGACGUUUCGACCUGGGCACCAGACGUUUCGACCUGGGAACCAGAUAUUUUGACCUGGGAACCACACGUUUCGACCAGGACACCAGACGAUGAUGACGAUGAUGAUGAUAAAACUGCUUAUGAUUACACGAAGGAAGAGAAGAGAAAAAUACAUUAUCUUCUUUAUUCGAUGGCAAAGAAAAGGUUUUCAAAGCUUAAAAAAUUACACCCUAGGAAGAAUGAGCCCACAUUAGGGUUGUGUAAAUUUUUGAGUCGUCUUUAUACUUCGAAAUAUGAUCAUUAUAGUCAGAAUAGAAGAGGAGACACCGCCUAUUAGUCGUGACGUCAGAUUUCAUAGC